CCAUAAUAAAGAUUAGCAUCAUACGUCACACUAUUAAAUAUUUAUUAUUAUGUAUUAUCUUUUAACCAGUAGAUAAAGUGACAUUGCCUUGAUAAGUCGUGCUCUGUUAUUUCGGAUAUCCACAUCAUGGAAGCGCUAGUAUUCGACCUGAAGACCAAAGUGCUGAAACAUGAGAAGAAGCACCCGAUGCCUGAAAUUGUGAAAGACGAUGACGUCAUCGUGAAAGUGGCUUACUCAGGAGUUUGUGGUACUGACCUGCACAUCAUGGCGGGUGAGUUCCCAGCGCGUUCGGACCGUCCCUUCACCCUGGGUCACGAGUUCAGCGGAGUGGUGCACGCGGCCGGCCCCGCCUCCGCGUUCAGGGCCGGACAGAAGGUCGUGGUGGACCCAAACCGCCCCUGCAACCUCUGCAACCACUGCCGGCGCUCAAAGUACCAGUUCUGCUCUGCCCGCGCCAACAUCGGGGUCUGGGUGGACGGCGGCUGGGCGCAGUACUGCGUGGUCUCCAGCCUGCACGUGUUCCUGCUGCCUGAUAGCGUCAGCUUGGCUCAGGGAGGUCUCUGCGAGCCGUACUCCUGCGUGUCUCACGGCUUCGACAUCAUCUCGCCCAUCACCGUCGGACAGAAGAUCCUCAUCUGUGGGGCUGGCAUCAUUGGGAACCUGUGGAUCACGACUCUUCACCACCAGGGCCACCGGAACAUCACCGUGUCAGAGAUGAACACGAAAAGGCUGGAGAUCGUCAAGAACUUGCAAACGGGGUACAGGCUGGUGACUCCAGACGUGUUGGAGAAAGAAAAGAAUGACGUCCUCUAUGAUGUUAUCAUUGACUGCACAGGGGUCGGCAAGGUGAUGGAGAUCAGCUUCAACUACUUGAACUACGGCGGCAAGUACGUGGUGUUCGGCUGCUGCCCGCCCACGCACCAGGCCAAUAUAAACGUGUUUAAGAUCUACGAGAAGGAGCUGACGAUCCACGGGGUGAAGGUGAACCCUUUCAGCUUCCCCAACGCCAUCGGCUGGCUCUCCGCCAUGGGGGACAGGUAUCUAAACUUUGACAAGCUUGGUGUGAAGGUGUACGCACUCUCCGACUAUCAGCUCGCUUUCAACGACCUGAAAGCUGGAGUUAUCUCGAAGGCUAUGUUGAAGAUCGAUUAAUACCUACGGUCCGUGGAUUUUCCUAACAGUGCCUAUUAGAAAAGCUCUAAUAAUUUGAUUCAGCAAGAAUUAACCCAAUGGAAGACCUACAAUGUUUAAAAAAGUGUUAAUAAAUUAUUUACAAUAAAUCUUUUA